CUUCAAGCAGCUGAUUUUCAAUGUUUACGCAUGGUUCUAUUUUGAUGAAUUUCAAAGAACUCUUCUAAAGUAUUUCACCACUGUAUUAUGCAUUAACAUCUGUGGCAUCGUCCUAUUUUGGAAUAUAUAUGGAGAAAGAAUUCAUGAUCGGUUUAUGAAACCUGCUUCAUCAAAGGUAAUUGAAGACCUGAGAGAAAGCGUAUCUAAAUUAAAACUACCCAAAGAGCAUUCACCCAGGUUUUGAACAUCACAUCUGUAUAAUGGCUGAAAGACUGAAGAAGUUAUUUGCCAAGAGGAAAGACAAGUUCAAAAAUGCUGGACCGGGCCACUCACUGCGAGAAACAUCAUCUACUAGUUCAGCAAGUAGUGCAAAAUCACAAAAAGAAACAGCUUCAUAUCCAAAAGAAAGAGUGGAGCCAUCCCAAGAAGCUAAACAAGCAGCAGCUGCUGCCUUGGCACGUCUUAAUCCUCCCGCCAGAACAGCAGGCUUUAAUACAUCCCUUGCAGCAAUUCAAGCGCAGGUCAAGAGAGAACUUGAAGCUGAAAAAAAAGCAAAUGCAACUGUCGAAGUGUCUCAUAAACCGAAAGUUGAAGUUCAAGAAAUGGAAGCAUCUCCGCAUUUAGCAGUUUCAGGCGUCUAUUUCACCUGUCCCAUUGUUGGAGGAGGAACUUUCACCAAAGAAGAAUGGAUGAAGAGAAUUAGAGAUUUCCUGCAUGAAGAGUUAGAAAAUGAACCAGGCCUUAUUGCAUGCCUUAUGAUCCACACAUUGAACCGUAACAAGGAAAAGGUGGCAAGCUGUGUAGAAAUUUUAUGUAAAUACUUAGAAAAUGUGGUAAAAAAUCCAACUGAGGAAAAGUAUCGAAAAAUUAGGAUGUCCAACAAAAUCUUCCAAGAAAAAGUAGUCAAUCUGGAAGGAACAAAGGAGUUUUUAGCAGCUGCUGGAUUCCAGGAACAGCUAUUGCCUUUCCAGGAUAAAGAAGAACCAUUUUUAGUCAUGAGUGAAAGCAAGCUGGAAGAUCUGGAAUCAUUGCAAGUCUUAAUUGAUGCAUUGCAGAGUGCAGAACCCAUUGGUUUAGAGCUUGAUCGAAACUUGCAAGUCCUACUACCAUCACAAGCAGCAAGGAGACACGAGUUACCUGCCUCUUUCUUUUCUCUAUCCCCUGAGGAAUUGAAGCGUGAACAGCAGGCAAAACAAGAGUUAGCAGAGCUACAAACUUCAUUAAGGACCAAAGCCAUGCGCGAGAAGGAUGAACUUCGAGAAAUGCGCAAGUAUAAGUUCUGUCUCAUCAGGGUUCGAUUUCCUGAUGGUGUUUUGUUGCAGGGCACUUUUGGUGUGUAUGAAAAAUUUGGGCAAGUUGUUGAGUUUGUACGUGAUAAUUUAAUCUCAGAAGACGCUCUGUUCUCAUUGCAAAUGCUGACAGGCCAAACAUUCACUCAAGAAGACAACGAAAAAACUCUGAUUGAGUUGCAUUUAGUUCCUGCGACUGUGAUAGUUUUUGCUUGGAAGGGCUCUGCCCCUGCAAGUGAUGCCGGUUCUGCUUUCCUGAAACCAGAAGUCAUGGUCCUAAUGCAGAAAGUUUAACUCCUUUGCAAGAGGACCUCACCCCUGCUAUAAUGAAAAUUAUGCACAACCGUACCAUGAAAAAGCAAGCACAGCAUUUUUUACGUAGAAACUUCACAAUCAGUAAAACAGAAACUUAAUGAACCACCAAUCUCAUUGCUUCAAAGUCCAAAUAAACUGAAAGUAGCAAAACCCAAAGACCUUUUACUUUACUUAACUGAGAGCAAUACAGACUUCCUUACACACUAGAAGUUGGAUCUAUGAAUCUCUUAUUAUGAUCACCAGGUCUAUUUUCUCGAUAAUUUUUCUUCCAAGGCAAGGUUUGAAACAUGCUUUUGAAUUAAAACAUGUUGUUUUGUCUAUCCAAUAAGCAUCUCCUUUGGAAUAGUUGGAACUUACAGUUUUCCGGCCAAAACUUUCAGUAUGAAGUAUCCAAGUGUGGUCCAUUCCCAUAUUGCUAUUCCUUCUUUUAUUAAGUUCAUUUAUUUUAUCUAUAAUGUUGUGUGUUCUUUUUUAUUAGUCAACAAGCGUGCCUGUGCGUACGUAUAUUUUUUUAAUUUUAAUGUCAUAAUUACUUUUUCCAAAGCUGUUUGUGUAUCAGGCUACCAAAGCUUAGUGCUUUUCAAUUAUUGUGGUGAUGGCAACUACCUGAUUUUCUCGUUGUUAGCUUCAGUUGAAAAGCCAGCUUACAGAUCCAUCCUAUAUUUAUUCAAAAGUUCAAUUGAUUGUUUGAGUGCAGAUUUCUUAUUUUUCCAAACCUAUUAUUAUAAUUCUUGGCAUACAUAUUCUUGAAACCAUGUUUAUCUUGAUUUAUAAAUUGUUAUUAAUUACACCAAUGAUGUGCAUGAAAUAAAAAAAGCAUGAAUUAUUCAAUUACUAUGUCGUCCAGUCAUCUUGGCUGAAAGGUUGAUGAAUAAAACGUUACUGCAAAUCAUU